AUGGUUGCCGUGUUAAGGGUUCCCUUGUUGAGAAAGGCUUUUUGUCUCCGGGCCUGCAGCACCAAUGCGGCUCAAGCCGCCACCAACCUGGCACCAGGUGUAAGGCCGGUGGAACGUAUCAGGAAUAUCGGUAUUUCGGCGCAUAUUGAUUCUGGCAAAACUACCUUAACAGAACGGAUUCUUUUCUAUGCUGGAAGAAUCGACUCCAUGCAUGAAGUUCGCGGUAAAGAUGAAGUUGGUGCCACCAUGGACUUCAUGGAAUUGGAACGGCAACGUGGUAUCACUAUUCAGUCGGCGGCCACCUACGUUGAUUGGCAUGGGACAAAUAUCAACAUCAUUGACACUCCUGGUCACGUUGAUUUUACUGUAGAAGUGGAACGUGCUCUACGUGUCCUUGAUGGUGCUGUGCUGGUUCUCUGCGGAGUUGGCGGGGUACAACGUGCCUUUUAUCUGUUUCGUAAACAAAAUGGAUCGUACGGGUGCCACUCCACUUCGUGCCCUAGAUGGUCUCCGCAACAAGCUGAAACACAAUGCGGCUCUCAUCCACCUCCCUAUUGGAAAGGAAUUGUGGAUUUGAUCGAGGAGCGAGCCAUGUACUAUGAAGGAGAUGAAGGUCUCACUGUGAGGGUGGAUGAUGUACCUCAAGACAUGCGAGCACAAGUGAAGGAUUUUAGGCAGGAACUGAUCGAGCACCUGGCGAACGGUGAUGAUCACAUUGGAGAAAUGUUCUUAAAUGAUCAAAAUCCUAGCGUAGAUCAGAUCCACGCAGGCAUACGUCGAUCAGUAAUUAAGAGAUCCUUCCUUCCAGUUCUUACUGGAUCAGCUCUGAAGAACAAAGGUGUACAAACAAUGAUUGAUUCAGUAGUGCGUUAUCUUCCCAAUCCCAGCGAAGUAGUGAAUCGUGCAAAUAUCAAGGAUGGAAGCGAAGAGAAACCAAUAAUUCUAUCUCCUGAAAGAAACAAUGCGAAGCCUUUCGUCGGUUUGGCGUUCAAGCUUGAGGCUGGGAAGUACGGACAGCUCACUUAUUUCCGUGUGUAUCAAGGCCAACUAAAUAAGGGUGACACUAUUUAUGCUUCCAAAGAUGGUCGUCGAGUCCGAGUACAGCGAUUAGUUCGAAUGCAUGCUGCUGAAAUGGAGGAAAUUAAUACUGUUUAUGCUGGUGACAUUUGUGCUACGUUUGGAUUAGAUUGCCACUCGGGUGAGACUUUCACCAGCGAUUCGAGUGUCCUGCCGCACUGUGCUUUGACUCGCUUCACAAAGGAGGAUCCAACUUUCCGUAAGGAUUACAAUGCUGAAGCUAAAGAAACGAUUGUUUCUGGAAUGGGAGAGCUCCAAUUGGAAAUUUAUGCGCAGCGGAUGAAAAGUGAAUUCAAUUGUCCAGUGGAGUUGGGCAAACCAACGGUGGCUUAUAGGGAAUCGCUAACGAAGCCAUACAAAUUCCACUAUCGGCACAAGAAACAAACCGGUGGCCAGGGACAGUUCGGUGAGAUUGAAGGAGUUAUUGACCCGCUUCCGGCUGAGAGGAAUACGCAUGUCGAUUUCACGGAUGAAACUUUCGGUGAACAACAUCCCGAAAUCGCUUUUCCCAGCGCUCAAGAAGGGCCUUUGAUUAAAGCUCCCAUUGCUGGCAUCAAUGUUCGCGUCCAGGAUGGAGCAACGCACGCAGUUGAUUCUACUGAAAUUGCCAUGAUCAACACUAUGCAAAAUAUGAUGCGUGAAGCGUUCGAAAAAGCUGAAUGGAUGCUUCUUGAGCCCAUCAUGUCAGUCGAAGUUACGACUCCAUCUGAGUUUCAGCAAGCUGAAGAAUCGGACGGCAAACAGAAACGGAUAUGGAAA